AUUUUUAGGCCAAAAAACAUAUGCUUUUAAAAGUUUUGCGUUUAUAAGUGUUGCGACAAUUGUCUUGAGAUGUCUUUCAAGAGCGGCAUAUCAUUGGAUAAUAGCAAUCUCAAGUUUCUUGAGCUCAAGAAGUAUGCGAUCAACGGUUUGAACGGAACCGCUGUUCCCAAUGGCGUCCAGUGUUUGGCUGUUGAUAAUCAAAGACAGACAGUGUUCGCCAUAAAUGGUUCCCAAUUAUCUGUCAUUCCAUUGACUGAAUUGUUGGCCUUCGAGUGGAACCGAUCGGUGAUUAACGAGACGUCAACACAAUUGCCGGGAGUGUCCGUUGAACUCAACUUUAGGGCUCAUUUCAUAUCGCUUUCGGCGGCGGGUUUUGGCCAAAAGCUGGCCGUUUGUGGUACUGAUGGACAGACCAAUAGUCCAUUCAUUAUGUUCUAUGACUUGAAUGAGAUCUAUAGGAAUCAGUCAAAGAGCUGUCCAUACAAUCGGGUAAACCUCGCGAACAGCACAGGACUCGUCACUGACAUUGUAUGGCAUCCGGAGAUCAGUGACGAUCUCUUCGGCUGUUGUGUCGCCGACGGCUCGCUGUAUAUCAUAUCUAUUGGCGACGCGUCUACGAAGUCGUCCACAAUUAUGGCCGAUAUUAGACCAAUGAAUGGUUCGCAUCCGCUGUCGAUGUGUUGGUCACCAAAAGGCAAACAACUGGUUGUCGGCCACAAGAAUGGCUUCUUCUCGCAGUACAAACUGAACACAACGGCCGGACAUCCGCUGCAAGAGGUGAAGAAGACACCACUCAUGAGUGGACUUCAAGACUAUCACGUGAUAGCCAUUAAAUGGAUUGUUUCGUCACUCUUCGCGGUCGCCAUUUGUAAAGACAAUCCCAACGAUAGGGACACUCACUUCCUCUUAGUCUCCACACCAACCAAAGCACAGCCAGUGUUUGUGGACUUCGGGUGCGUCUGUUUGGACAACUAUGACGUCCAGGACUCGUACCGAAUAGUUCUCUCGCAUUACGAGAAUCUGAUUCUCUGCUCGACAUCAAUGACAUCCGAAGUGGUGAUCAUUGGUUGCGAUGGAAGCAAAGAUAUGGCGAUUCCUGACCACUGGAACCAAUGGGUUUUGGACGACAGCUCCAGAAUAGAUCUGCCGAUGGAUACGACCGGCAAUGAGACGUAUUUGCGGGGAAUCGCUGUCUCGAGAGGCACUCAAAAUAUUUACAAAUUGAGUGUCACUGAAAUGUAUGGCGGAGUCGACACACCAGUGCUUCUAGUGUUGAACAGCUCUGGUAUUCUUGUGCCGUAUCUUAUUGUCGACAAAACGGGUCGAUUGAAAAGUCCGGUUCCGAAAGCUAUUGUGAAACCCACGGCCACUCCGGGCACACAAUCAGUGGCGCCGUCACAGCCAAAGUCAAUGACAAGUACUCCUGUUUUCGGUUCAGAAACACGUCCGCCGCCAAAGACCAGUACCCCAUCGUUUGGUUCGCUUCCUAUUAAUCCAGUCUCUAAUAUGGCCUCAAGUCUGCCGAAGACUAUUGAGCCAUCACUACAACAACCGUCCAAACUGUUGGCAAAAUCACAGACCAGUCAAUCGGUGCCAAACAGUGAGUUCACCCCUCAAAGCACUGGUCGAGUAGCUUCGGGUCAGUCGUCUUCGGGAGCGACACCUGUGGCCGCUGGCGAAGACACUACCGAAGCGACCAAUGAGUUGUAUUUGACCGCAAUUAAGGAAAGAGUUGUUGAAUUCAAGAAACUUAUGAUCGAAUCAAAGAAAAAGUUUUCGCAAAUAAAGGUAACGAUUGGCCAAAAAGAGGAACAAAUAAAACUGAGAGCCGAUACGCGACUCAUCGAAGAGGUGCUCAAAGAAGUAACGAUUGGCCAAAAAGAGGAACAAAUAAAACUGAGAGCCGAUACGCGACUCAUCGAAGAGGUGCUCAAAGAAGUGAGAGAACAGUUCCGCAACAGUUCGCGCGACACCUCUUGUCUGCAGUCGAGUCUUAUUGAGUCGUUUUCGCUGUUAGAGGAGGCGAAGAGUAUUAUGAACCGCAAUGUGGACCCAAACUAUCGGCAACUCUUGAGACACCGGUCACUCGACCCGAUCACCACUCGUCGUAUGCAAGAGAUCCAGAGUUUGAACGAAUAUAUUGAGACACAACUCAGAGAAUUGGAUUCAAAGUUUGAAAACGAAUGGUACGAAUGGCUCGACAAACGAAAGGCACUCAAAGGCCGUCCGCCGUCACGUCUUCAGCCGAACACUGGUCUCGAAUUGAUAUAUAAAACUCUGGCUAACAAUCAGCGGGCGAUCAGCGCAUUGAAAGUACAAGUGGACGCUUUGGACGGUAUGUCCUCUUCUUCAUCGCCGUCGAGACAGAAAUCAAAUGUCCGGAUAGUGAGAGACCCGAACUCAACAGAGAAGUCAAACCAGAAGUUGAUUGAAAAAUUGUCCCAAACUUUGGAUAAGACAUCCAUUAAAGACAUUCCCGCUGUUGAAGACAUUUCAUUGGAUAAAGUGUUUAAAUUGAAGACAAUGUCAACUGAAAAACGAAAUAAUUUGCGGGAAUUUUUCGAGAAUCGGACAAAAGUUCCGAUUAGACGAGCCGUUGACAACUCGUCCCGAUUUAUGUCCGCCAUUAAGAAGUUAAAAGAGAGGCAAAAGUCCAUUGAAUCGGCGGCCAGUCCUGCGAAGAAUGAGGCAAUCAUUGGUCUCAACCGAAGCACUCAUGAGAGUCCGCAGACGUCAAGCAUAGCGAAGAGCGCGACAAUGAAAUCAACAGAUAAUAAAGUGACGAUUACUCCGACUGUUGUAAAUGUAGCCAAAACUCCCCAAAAACCAUUGAAUAUCACGAAGUCUGAUCCGCCCUCUGCCUCACCCUUUGCCGUCAAUUUAACGCCAAUCGCACCGACAUUCAGUCUGAGUGACAAAACCAGUCAAUCGCCUGCAACACCCGUACAGUCGAUAUCAACUCAGAAACCAAUCACAGCAUCCGUUGCCGCCACCAAACCAUUGGAAGCAUUCCCAGCCUUUGCUUCCAAACCGUUAGCAUUCAAUUUCAAUCCAAAUCUUGCGAGCGUUACGCCCGUAAAGCCGAGUCCUAUCGCCGCCUCAACGCCGGCCAAACCUGUGGCACAACAGCCGCCGCAAACACUACAGAAUCUGAUUGCAGCCAAACCUACGGCACCGACAUCUGUGCCCAAAAAGGCUGAAACGGUUGUUACGGUUGCGGCGACCGAUAGUUCGCCCUCUAAUGUCGGCAAAAGUGUCAGUUUUGGAAACACAACAUUCAUUAAUCCCGCGGACACCACCGCCGAUGACGAUAACAACGGUCACGACUUUAAAUUGGACACAAUCACCGAAUUGUCCGAAACUAACGAUAGCGCCGCCUCUUCGGCUCAGAACAGUCCGUUCACUGCAUUUAAAGGCUUCGGCGGUGGACUCGGAGGCGAAGCCAACGCUGGAAACGCUUUUCCCUCGAAAUUGUCGUUCAAUUUGAAUCAAUCGAAUACAAGCUUUAGUUUCAAUACUCUUUCCGAUUCCAAACCUAAGGAUUCGUUACCGAAAUACGAGGACAUAAGUCCGCCGACGACUCCCCAGAGAACGGCUCCAGCGGUUCCCACACAAGCCGUCGAAAGCACCGCCGCAUCCAAACCCACAUCUAUUCUUAAAGCUUUGAUUUCUGGCAAAGAUAUUGACGACAAAGAGAACAAAGUGUCGGUUCCGAUACCUGAGCCAACAUUUCCCGUCAACACUACUGCCAUUACUAAAACAGUAGAAGUCUCGGCUGUGCCCACACCUCCCGCCCCCACAGCACCCGCCAAGACGUCGCUCUUAGCGCAACUAAUUUCAUCUCCAGACACACCAACACCCGCUCCAUCGACGACAGUCUCGCCAUUCAUGGCCGCCAUUUCUAAGGCAUCACAAUCGACGCCAUCAGCGGACAGCGCACCCAAACCUCAGGGAUUUGGCCAAAUGGGCAGUGGUUUCGGUCAAACGCCGUUCGCAUCGAAUUCAUUUAGCUUCGGAGGCGCCGCUCCGCCCAACGUUACGAGUCCUGCGGCCAACGCAUCGCCGUUUGGCAAUACGGGCGCCACCGGUGGUCAGGGGCUGCCGUUUGGUGGGACGACUCCCGGCUUCGGCGCCAAUCAGACGCCCGCCGCCAACAACUCUCAGACCAACUCAAGCGUCGGGUCGUUUAGUUUCAACAGUCAGGCGGCGGCACUGAAU